AUGGAGAAGGCCCGCACUGUGCUAUACUAUAAGAGCGUUCCAACGAAGUGGUGGGCAGAGGCUGUGAGUACGGCGGUGUAUUUGAUUAACCGUUCCACGAACGCUUCGCACACGGAUAUCACACCCGCCAUGGGGAAUCGUCCAAUGCUCACGAAUGUGGUGCAAACUAACCUUCGGAUUUACACGAUGGUCACCGUCAAGUUGCUACGGCAUGGUGGCAGUGGAGAUGAAGAGAAUUCUAGCGCUGAUGGGUUGGUGCUGCGUAGUUUCUCGUAUUUGAAGGAGUUUGGGGAAUGGAAGACGCCAACACUACCGGAGAAGCGCAACCUUGCGGCGGCUAGUAUUGGAAGUCACCGUGGCCGCUUUGAUUUAACCUCGCAGGACGGCAGUGUGGCCUUGGAAUUGGAAGUACCGACAGGUACAGAUGCACAGACGGAUUAUUAUUUGGUGAAAUAAGCCACCGUGUCGAUUCACAUGCAAGAGUUGUUGCAGCUUCAUUUCAAAUCGCUACGGCCUGUUAAAUCGCUGCCCGAACCUUCACGACGCGAAGUUUGCACCAUUUCGAUCGCAUUCCGAUCAAUGGCAGGAAACUUAACUACACG